GACGGAAUUAAAGUUCAACGUUAAAUCUGGAAAACACGGAUGAUCGACCUUUCAGCAAUUAAAUGUGUGUCUCUCUGUGCGCGUUUCACUUUCAACUAAACCCGGACUUCGAGCAUCCCACGUUAAACACGGUGAAAUUGCUGACACUGGAUUCCUUGCUCACUUCUGACAUCCAGUGUCAGCAGCCGGUGCUUUUAAGAUGAUCAACACUCAGGUGUACCGCCACUACAACCACACAGGGAAGCUGGAGCAUCGACCCAGCGUCGGCACAAGCUCCGGCACCGUGGACGCCAAAACUAUCGCGUUCCUCAUCAUAUGCAGUUUCAUCGUCCUGGAGAACCUCACCGUGCUGGUGGCCAUAUGGAGAAACCACAGAUUCCACAACCGCAUGUACUUCUUCAUUGGCAACUUGGCGCUGUGUGACAUGCUGGCUGGAGUGGCCUACCUGGUGAACCUGCUGCUGUCGGGGGAGAAGACCCUGCAGCUCUCACCUGCCCUCUGGUUCGUCAGAGAGGGAAGCAUGUUUGUUGCACUUGGAGCCUCCAUUUUUAGUCUCCUGGCUAUUGCUAUAGAACGACACCUGACAAUGAUCAAAAUGAGGCCUUAUGAUGCCAACAAGAACUAUAGAGUGUUUCUGCUCAUAGGGACCUGCUGGCUGAUUGCCAUUUCUCUUGGUGCUUUGCCUAUUCUAGGCUGGAACUGCUUGGACAACCUCCACGAUUGCUCCACUGUUCUCCCUCUCUACAGCAAGAAAUAUGUAGCUUUCUGUAUCACAGUUUAUAUGGUUUUGCUCUUGGCCAUGUCAGUCCUUUAUGCUCGCAUUUACAUCCUUGUGAAGUCCAGCAGCCGAAAGGUGAGCAAGAACAGGAACUCUGAGCAUGCAAUGUCCCUGCUGCGCACCGUCAUCAUUGUGGUCGGGGUCUUCAUCGCCUGCUGGACGCCCAUCUUCGUCCUGCUCCUGGUGGAUGUGGCAUGUGUGCAGCGCUGCCCCAUCCUCUACAAGGCUGAAUGGUUCAUCGCAGUGGCUGUGCUGAACUCAGCCAUGAACCCGGUGAUUUACACUCUGGCCAGCCGUGAGAUGAGAAUGGCCUUCCUGGGCCUAGUGUGUGGUGUUUGCUUCAGAGGGAAGGAUUCUGGGAAUGGCAGCGAAAACAGGAAAUCUCUGGAACCUAGCCGCAGCAGGAGCAAGUCGUGGAGCAGCCAGAACAACCCCAACCAGAGCCAGCAGAGCUCUAGGCAGGCGGAGCUGGAGAAGGGGCAGGAGGCGGCCCAUGGCGAGGUCUCAGUGGUGGCAGGGGGGGCUGCAAAGGCCGUCAUCGAAAGUGACAUGAAAGACUGAACUAAGUUAUCUACUCUAUGUCAAGGGGAACUUUGGUCCUAAUGUUGGACCUAUGCAUUGGUCAGAAUUGGUGACCAUAAUGAAAUGGACCUUUACAUUGGUCAUAAUUGGUGACCAUAAUGAAAUACGAGCUCAGAUUGAUUCAAACAAAGGAUUUCUUGAAGUGCAGGGCAGUGGAUUUAUUCUAUAGGUGCUUGAUGUGUUUAAAUAUGCAUCAUCCAUUAAUGGGAAGUGUAUUAAAAUGACUACACAUUACACUGAUUAAUGUAUGAGGCCAAAGGGUUCAAGGAGACAAUCAAUAUUUACUCUUUGUCAAGUACAGUAUUACAUCUCUUUCCAGUGAGAUUUACGUAUCUCCGAAUUUGGUCAAGUUACCUGAAGAUACAAAUCUUUAAACCAAUUGAAUUAUCUGGGGAACAUAAUGCAUUGUCAAUUUUUCCUCAUGCAAAGUUGACAUUUUGGAGGUUUGGAGGCAGGACGAGGACAAUUUGCAAAACAAUAGUGCUUACCUUUUUUUUUUUACUCUUAUCUCUGUAGUUACAGAUGUGACCAAGAACACGAAUAAGAAGUGAAACUCACCUGCAAUGAAUUAAAGUGCAAUUAUAGUGCUGCAAAAAUAACAUGAUGAAGAAUGAUUGUAGACAAUUAUCCAUGUUAUGAUAAACGAUGUAAUGUAUUUAUUAUUCUGUAAUUGUAUAUUCACUCAAUUAUAGGCCAACUCAGUAUUACGUGCAGUUAUUUAACAAUAACUGAAUUAUACAUUGUAUAUGUGAUGUCAGUGAAAUGUAAAAAAGCACAUGCUGAAGAGUUAAACCUGUUACUCGUUUCAUUAAAUCAGCAUCAUCA